AUGGAAAGUGUUAGCCCAUUUGCUAUCUAUUUACUUAAUUUUUUUUGUUGUUUUACAGACAGUAAUCCAUGGGAACUUCCUCGACGAUUCCAAAACUUUUCAAUUGUUGUUGAAAAGUUUCGCAACUACAAGAAUGAACAUUUUGAAUACAUAACAACACUAUUCAUAUGUACGUAUUUGUACAAACAAACAUUUGCAAUACCGGGAUCUUUUUUUUUGAAUAUAAUUGCUGGUGCUAUAUAUGAUAUGUGGAUUGGUUUCUUCUUGGUUUGCAUAUUAACAACACUUGGCUCAACACUCUGCUACUUAUUUUCUGAAUUAUUUGGUCGUGAGUAUGUGUUGUAUUAUUUUGGGCAACGUUUAACAUAUCUUCAACAAAAGAUAGACGAUAAUUCAAAUCGCUUGUUGCCAUUUUUAUUGUUUGCUCGAAUGUUUCCGAUCUCACCAAGCUGGUUGCUCAAUAUUGUUGCUCCAUUUUUGAAUAUUCCUUUACCAAUUUUUGCAUUUUCAGCUUUUAUAGGUUUAGCACCGUACAAUUUCAUCUGUGUUCAAGCUGGUUGUAUAUUAUCGGAUUUGAGAAGUUGGGAUGAUAUUUUUAGUACAUCAACGUUAUUAAAGUUAUCAUCUUUUGCUUUACUACCACUGGCUUAUGCACUAUUUGUGCGACCUCGAGCCAGUACCGCUCAGGUUGUCGACAAUUUGAUAACAGAUUUAAUAUUAGUGGCAAAUUAUCAUUGA